UACUGAUUUUUCUUUUUGAAUCCAACUAGCCGUUGUUAGUUUCCAUUUAACGCAUUGAAUGUAAUACUAAGGUUUUAUAUUAUUUUCAUGCUUACAUCUUUCACCAUAGAACUAUUACUAAUAUAUUCCAUGUACUUAACUGAAAACUAUUGCUGUCUAUCGUUUAGAAAUAAGAUUAUUUAUAAUAUUUUCGUAAAGUGGAUUCAUAAUCUAUUUUUUAUCAACGAUUUUCUAAGGCGUAUUAUCGAAAUUGCUCGACUAGUUUCGAACCCUACAAGAGUCCAUGACUAAGACACUGGACUACUUAAUCGACUCCCGUUAAUUAAAUUAACGUUUAUAAUGAGUUCUAGCCAAAUAAGUUUCGAUAGGUUUUCAUACGUAGCUACUAGCAUAACAUUUGAACAAGUGUGCACUAUUGAUUUUUAACUGCCGACUCACCAACUCAGCCUCAAUCAUGACAGGUCACUGCUGGACAUUGGCCUAUCCCAGGUUUCGCUAAAGCAUUCAGUUCUCCUUUCACAUACAUUCUGACAUUUCCAACUCACCUAUUUUAGGUUCGUCGUUCCUUCGGGCGUAGUGGCGUUCCAUUCUGCGUUUCACGAUACGCAGUUUUCACUGAAAUGUUCGACUUGUCCAUGCAUAUUUUCAACUACCACAUUUAACAUUGGCACUAUUGUGUAGCUAAAAAUCAUUUCGUUUUUUAUUGUAUAGUACCUACAUAAAUCUUUCUGCAAAUGACAGUUAUGGGUUUUGUAGUAGGAUUUCGAAUGUAUACCAUAGUGCAUGAACAUGUUUGUACGUUUUUGUACAAUUUAUAAAAUAAACAUUAAAAAUGGACGAUGAUUAUUGUGUUGCGUUGUAGCAUAUUGGCAGUGAUCAUCUUUAUACCGCUUUCAUCAAUCCAACAUUUUAUAGAGCCUCUCAGUGAUUGCUUGCUAGCUGAUAUUUGUAAUCACACCUGGAUACCGGAAUGCGCGGAAGACCAAGAGACAGCUCACACAAGACUUUUCAUAGACGAAUGUGAUAUCUAUGAGUACAAUUGUGAUUAUGACGUCAAAUAUUUAAUAGUGAACUACUCGGACUGUUUUGGCCCAAUGACAUGUCCAACACUUCCACCACAGAAACAACUUCUUCGUCAAGGAAACUACCUGUACCGAGGAGAUGGCAGACUCAUUUACUCACCAACCAGAAAUGCGGGCACAGAGCGCUUUACUCACACUAGAAGAAAAAUGAAAACAGCAAAACAUUUUGACGGUAAGCGAAGAUAUACGCCAGAAAAAGGGAGAAAAAAGAAGAAGACUACGCCGUGUGGCCCUUGUAUGAGAGCCAGGCAAGCUUUGACGCCGAUGCCUGAUUUGAAGCCAAAACCGAAACCGAAAGCAAAACCGAAAUCAGAUCUUCGUCAGGUGAGGCCCCCCAAGUUACUGGGCACGACGAAGAAGUUCACAACUGUUAAAACAACGAAACAGGUUAUAAAAACAGCAACAAUCGGAACUGUAAUAUUAAAAAAGGUAACAGUCAUCAAAGAUGGGAAGAAAUAUUAUAAGGUGGUCAAAGGAUACGCACCGAAAACAACCGCCAUGACGAGAGCAGACUCGGAUUAUUUAGAAUAAAAGUUACAUUCGAUUUUGUUUAUAAUUUGUUUUACUGAUAGUUCACUUGGGAAAAAUAAUGGACACUUUUUGGAAGACCACAUCGUUAUACUGUUUUUUUUU